ACGGGGAAAGUCCAAUCCUUUAAAUCUCUGUCUCAAUCGAAUUUUAAAAAACAAUCAAUCUGAUUUCUUUACUGAUUUACUCCCCUUAAUAACCCUUAUAAAAGGAAGGAAAAAGAAUUUGUAUUUCUCAUUUUUUAUUGUCAGAAUCUAAUCGGGGGACAAAGUGGAGGGAGCCAUGGGACUUAACGGACCCGGUGAUUUUCUAAGUAUUCACCCAACAGAACUCAAAUUUCCUUUUGAACUGAGGAAGCAGAGUUCUUGUUCUAUGCAACUGACCAAUAGGACUGAUCAAUAUGUUGCAUUCAAGGUUAAAACUACCAACCCGCGGAAGUAUAGUGUUCGUCCAAAUUCUGGUGUUAUUCAGCCUGGUUCCGUAACUAAUGUUACAGUUAAUAUGCAGGCGCUUAAAGAAAUGCCUGCUGAUAUGCAGUGUAAAGACAAAUUCUUGGUUCAAAGUGUUAUUGUUCCUGGUGGCUCAACAGUUAAGGACUUGAAUCAGCAAACGUUUGAAAAAGAGGAUGGGAAGGUCGUUGGGGAGUUUAAAUUGAGGGUUGCUUAUAUUCCAGCAAAUCCCCCUUCCCCCGUCCCUGAAGAACCCGAAGAGGAAAAUUCACCUAGGUCAUCCACUGUUGAGGAUGCAGUUAGAAGUUCUUCUGAAGCUAUUGCAAGGUCUUUGGAAGAGUAUAUAGGCAGAGGGACAUCUGAGGAGGUAAGACCCCUAUUUCUUUUAGAUGCAAACUCACACAUAAAAGUAUACUUGAAACUAUGUAACUUUGAUGAUCUUGAUGCAUUAGAACUCACAGUAGAAGUGGCAGUUUGUUGCUUGUUGUCUUUACAUAACUUUUCAUUGAAAUAUGUGUGCAAUUGAAAUUCUCAACUCAUGUCUGCGUUUGGCAGACGCUAAAAUUUUAUAAGUUUAGCAUGAGAAGCAUUUUGAUAAAACAAUUGCAGUUAGGUAUUACCUUUUUGUUGAUGCGUCUGCUGAAAUUUACUUUGGGAUUUGUGUUUAUCCCAGCAAAUUAUCCUAUUUUGUAUUCAUCUCAUUCUAUUCCGUUUCAUCCAAUAUUUUUACCUGCAAUUGAAAUGCUGAUCUGCUAAUUUAAUUGGUCUAGCUUUAGGUGUUCUUGUGAAUAGUUCUGUAUUUGCGAUUGUUUUAAGUUGCUUUGAUCAAAUAAGACAAGGUAAAUCGGGCUCUAUAUCAGGUAAUUUUAUGUAGUGGAAUCAAAGUUCAAUUUCAACGAUCCCAGAUUGACCAAAGUUAUUAAUCAAAAAGGCAGUACAAUGUACAUUCAACAAACAAUUGAAAAUGACUUCUGUUGGAGUGAUUGUUUGCAUCAUGUGUGCUUGCUUUGGUAUAGUACUUAUAUUUGGUAACUGUUGUUAGAGUGAUUCUCUGAUAUCCACUUGUGGAUCACUGGAUUUACAACCUUAGUUUGAUAAAUGAUUUUUUUCCCACUUUCUUUGUUUUUAAUGUUGUUGUGCUGAGUUGAAGAUGAUUGCACAAAAUCUCUGUUUAAGGAUAGUUAGGUUUCGGCUGCCAUUGGCUUGGGGUCAAUCAGGGGGCCUCAGAUUAAGCUAUGUUCUUUCUGUGUUUAUUGUGUAGUAUUAUCUUUAGAAGAUUUCGGCAUAGAUGAUCAAAAUGGAUGCUUCUUACAGCCAAACACAUUGAGAGACCGAUUGGGUUUAACCUAUAUUUCCUUUUUCAUAUCUUCUGUAUAGAUUGAAUUUUUUUAUCUGUGUUUCCUUUUCAUGUUCUUUUGUACAGAUUGAAUUUGUUGGCCAAAUAUUUUCCCACUUCAUGUAUUUAUCCUUCUCUUAAAUGUUCAGCCGUAAUUCUUGCUUACAUCAGCUAAUUACGUCCAUAUGUUCCCUCUAUUUCGCUUCAGGAUUGGCCUUUGAUAUCAAAAUUGAUGGAGGAGAAAACUUCGGCUACAGAACAGAAUCAAAAACUUUAUCAUGAACUGGUAAUCAGCAUUUGCUUACUUCUGAUCAUUGUUGUUUUAAUUCUGCCUGGUGCAUAUGGUCCGCUUCAAUUUCUCUGUUGUGACAUUUUUAUGUUGCAUGAUAAGUAACUAAUUUACGGUACAUGGAUUAGAUUCUUUAGAAUGUGAAUGUUCUUACAUGCUAAGUUCAGUGUCUGAUUAUGUUUUCUCUUCAUAAGUAACCAAUGUAAUCUCUGUACAUGGACAAGGUUGUGAUUGUUUUUUGACUGUUUCAUCGACAGAAGAUUCUUCUUCUUCUGGUUUUUUUGAAGUGUUGAAGCAGCAUCAUUGUUUCUCUGUGUUUUAGUUUAUUUUCAUUUUAAUUUUUUUUUUCCUUGGUAUGAUUUCACCGUGAUUCGCUUUCACAUUGUUGUUUUACAUUUGACAGGAGAAGAUGAGAGUGGAAGUUCGCAGAAACCAAGCUGGUCGAGUUUCGUUAUUGGUCGUCUUACUCAUUGGCCUAAUAGGUGUUCUGGUUGGGUUCUUUAAGACAAAAUAACUGUUCCAAGCAGGCAUUAUGCCACUGCACAGCAUAAAGAUGACAUUUUUUCUCUCUUUUUUCCCCCCUUUGUUGUUAGGUUUUUCUUUCGAAUCAUUUUCCUUACCUCACAGGAAUUUUUCCUCUUUAUUCUGGAUAUUGUGUAUAGAAGAACUGGUGCACGGUUGUAUUUUGAUUGAUUAAUUUUGCUUGGCUUUGCAAGCUCCCUUUUUUACGUCUUAAACAUCAUAGUUUUACAGGUUUGUUUCAUUCGAGAUGAUGAACUUUUCAACAUGUCCUUAUUUAAUUGAAUUCAGUGUCGUG